UUUCUUUAGAUCUAGCAUCUUAUCUGUGGAGUACACGUACUCUUGAUACGAUCUAUUUGUGUUGUUUUUAGAUGGCUCUGUCAUCGUCUGUAUUUUUUCCUAUUCUUCAUAUGCCAUGAUGUCUGGCAACCUGAGUGUCGCCCAUUUUGGCGGCUAUUUCCAUCGCCGGCCGAGAGUGGUGGGAGCCUUGUUUAUUGCUACUGCAUUUGCACUUUAUUACUUUUUCAUCAUAAACGGCGCCGGCGAUGCUAUUUUGGAAGCAAUUUACGACCCAGACACGACUAAUGUAUCCCUCAAUUCUAUUCUGAGAACAUCGAACAAGUAUCGCAGGCACCCCAUCGAGCCUCCCUUCAAAGACAAGUUUUGGGAGGUUGGUCAACGAUCGAGGAAUUUGAGUCAAUGGAUUACCAUCCUUGAUAGUCGAUGGGGAUCUGAGCUUCCAGAGGAAGAUAGACACAUGCUCGUCAACGCCAUUGACGAGACUGCCAUCUCUCUCUUUCCCUUUCUCCAGCCGCCGGACACUAAGCAAGACAGCACAGCGCCCCUUGGCGACUUACGGAGCUCCUUCACCAAAGGGUCAAAGGGAAUUGUAAUCUCUGCUGGGGGGAGUGAUUCAUCAGCAAGAUUUGCGGGACACUUGAUUGCUUCUCUCAGAGAUGUUCUCGGUUGUACUCUGCCUAUCCAAGUCGCCUAUGCCGGGGAGAACGACCUGCCAAAACACCGUCGCGACGCCCUCUCAUCGCUCGAUAAAACACACAGCACAGAGUUCCUGGAUGUAUGGACUGUUUUUGAUGAUUCCACUCUGCAGUUGCGAAGAGGGGGUUGGGCCAUCAAGUCAUUUGCAGCUCUAGCAUCCAGAUUCGAAGAAGUCAUCGUACUCGACGCGGAUGCCGUAUUUUUACAGUCGCCCGAUGCCCUGUUUGAACAGCAUGCCUACAUCAACAAUGGAGCCUACUUAUUUCACGACCGGCUGCUGUGGCAACAUGGGUUCCAAGACAGACACAAGUGGUGGAAAGACCAAAUCAAGGAGCCGUCGCCGGCGAUGAACAAAUCCCUAGUCUGGACCGAAGAUUACGCAGAGGAAUGCGACUCAGGAGUCGUCGUUCUCGACAAGUCCCGGCCCGAGGUUUUGGUUGGUCUGCUUCACAUAGCCUGGCAAAACACCUAUGCUGUUCGAGAUGAAGUGUCAUACAAGAUCACUUAUGGAGACAAGGAGACUUGGUGGCUUGGACUGGAACUUGCCGGAUCCAAGUAUGAAUUUGAGAAGCACUACGGAUCGAUUCUUGGAUGGGGAAAAGAGGACAACAAAGAGAACAAUACCGUGUGCAGCUUCGUUAUUGCGCAUGUGGACGAGAAGGACAAGCUGCUCUGGUAUAACGGCAGCCUACUCAAGAACAAGCUGGCAGAUCCGCAUGGCUAUGAAGUUCCGAUAUACUGGAUGAUGGAUGGCAAAUGGAAAAAAGGCGGGAAAAAGGACAUGAGCUGCAUGGUGGAUGAAAGAGUUAGGUGGCUGAGUGGUGAGGAGGUGUCGGUAUUACAACGCAGCAUUGAAGCGGCUAUUCAAGUCGAUGAGCUUUUAGGGCUGGGUGGGCCGAAUUAAGGGCAUAGUAUUAGAUUGGGAAAGGGUAUUGUUAUCAUCAUCAACGGCGGGAUUAGGGAAAAUAUGUAUGGAUAUGUACGGAUUUGGCAUAAUUGGCUCUGAUAUAGCUAGCAUUGUGUAUUCUUGUUGGGUCUUUUCAUAUAAAAUACCACCGACG